UGUUCAGAAACGCUGUGAAGUUGUGACUGCUGCGAACUAACGUUAGCUAUAGACAUGAUGCCACCCAAUACAAUGUAACAGCAGUAGUUCAGCUAAUACCUAAAACUAUUUAUAAACUGACGCUUGAGUGUCUUGAUUUCCAAUGUAACGCUGCGUAUGACCCGCAGCAUUGUUUCUGAGAGGCCGGUGAUAGGUUGGACCUUUCAAACUGUAUGCACAGACGGCUUGACAGAAAUGGGAGCAGAAGGUGUGGGUAAGACCACCCUGGUCCAGAAGGCCUGUGACGUAAUAGUGUCUUCAGGUGUGUCUGUGGAGGGCUUCUACACCCAGGAGGUCAGGGAGGGGAGGCGCAGGGUCGGUUUCGACAUUGUUACCGUGACCGGACAGAGAGGAAACUUGUCCAGAGUCAGAGAGAAGUCUGUUGCUUCACAUGGAGGGAGGGAGUACACUGUCGGACAGUAUGUAGUGGAUGUACCUUCGUUUGAGAACCUGGCUCUACCUCUCUUCAGAAACCUUGACUCUUCAUGCAGUAGCAACCAUCAGGUGUUCAUCAUUGAUGAGGUUGGUAAAAUGGAGCUGUUCAGCCAGGCGUUCAUCAGGUCAGUCAGACAGACCCUGGACUCUCCAGUCUUCUCUGUCCUGGGGACUAUACCCCUCCCUUCAGGAAAACCACUGGGUUUCGUGGAGGAGAUACGGACCAGGACGGACGUCACUGUCUUCACUGUCUCCAAGGAGAACAGAGAUGUUAUAUUACCAGAGGUUGUGUCAGCUCUAAAGGACUGCCUCAAACAAAGUGCUGAGUAGGUGGAAGUUAUCCAAGGUCAGUGGAACAUCAUGGAGGGCAUUCAGAAGAACAGCAGCACUUUGAACUAGACCCUGAUGGACAAGACCGACCCUGAUGAACAAGACCGACCCUGAUGGACAAGACCGACCCUGAUGAACAAGACCGACCCUGAUGAACAAGACCGACCCUGAUGGACUAGACCGACCCUGAUGAACAAGACCGACCCUGAUGAACAAGACCGACCCUGAUAGGUUAGACCGACCCUGAUGGACUAGACCGACCCUGAUGGACUAGACCGACCCUGAUGGACUAGACCGACCCUGAUGGACUAGACCGACCCUGAUGAACUAGACCGACCCUGAUGGACUAGACCGACCCUGAUGGACUAGACCGACCCUGAUGAACAAGACCGACCCUGAUGAACAAGACCGACCCUGAUGAACAAGACCGACCCUGAUGGACUAGACCGACCCUGAUGGACUAGACCGACCCUGAUGGACUAGACCGUCCCUGAUGGAUGGAUGUUGGCCAGCACUCUGUACUAGACCGACCCUGAUGAACAAGACCGACCCUGAUGAACAAGACCGACCCUGAUGGACUAGACCGACCCUGAUGAACAAGACCGACCCUGAUGAACAAGACCGACCCUGAUAGACUAGACCGACCCUGAUAGACUAGACCGACCCUGAUGGACUAGACCGACCCUGAUGGACAAGACCGACCCUGAUGAACAAGACCGACCCUGAUGAACAAGACCGACCCUGAUGGACUAGACCGAUCCUGAUGGACUAGACCGACCCUGCUGAACGAGACCGACCCUGCUGAACGAGACCGACCCUGAAGAACGAGACCGACCCUGAAGAACGAGACCGACCCUGAAGAACGAGACCGACCCUGAUGAACUAGACUGACCCUGAUGGAUGGAUGUUGGCCAAUACUCUGUAAUAGACCAUGGCCACCUAACCAUCCCCAGCUUCCAAUUGGCUCAUUCAUCCCCCUCCUCUCCCCUGUAACUAUUCCCCAGGUCAUUGCUGUAAAUGAGAAUGUUUUCUCGGUCAACUUACCUGGUAAAAUAACAAAGAAAUCAAUAAAAAUGUAAUAAAACAAUGAUUUAAUUAA